AUGGGGUUGGUGCCACCCUCCCUUCGCUUCCUGGAAUCUCAUUCUCAUGAGAGCAGAGCAUUCGAGAGGAUACCAUAUGUAUAUGCAGCCACUGUGGUCUGGACGGGGUUUAAUUCGGUGGGUGUAGUUACUUGGGUUGUUGCUGACCUUACUGCAGCACCAAGUUUGGGUUCACAUGCCAUGCCAGCAGCCUCCUCGAGGCCGAGGAUACCAGGUGAGGAGGCCAAGGAUACCAGGCAAGGCCGGAGUAUCAAUGAGCUUGCAUUCCAAGCAGACGAGCAGACCUCGCUCGUGAAUGCAGCCAAAAUCAAGAACAUCACCUGUGCUGGAUUGCAUGGAUUUGAGGUGGUAAAUCCAGAGCUCCUCGACUGCAAGAACCGUACCAAAAUGAGUCUGGAGGAGGCCUACGAGCAGAUGUUUGAAGCCUGUAUGGCGCAGUGCAACGAAGAGCUUCUCACUGUGGAGGCUCACAUCGCCAGCUUGAAGCGAAGCCUCGCUAUCCCUAAGGACCAGAUACCACACAUGGGCCCUGCAGUGAAUGAAAUUGUACUCCUUCAGGUCUUGUUUGAGCCGAAUUUAAGCACUAAGCACUGAUGCACACUGGGGGUGGUUGUUUGGAUGUGCUAAAAUAGGGGUGCUGAAGUUUAGCUCUAGAUGUGCUAAUGGGGCUAAACGUGAGCUAAUGAGAGCUAAUCAAGGGUUAAUGGAUUCUAAUAACUAAUUAGCCAUCAUAUGUGUAACUAGAUCAA